AUCGCUUAAAUACCGUGAUACAUGAUUUGGCAUGGCCUAUUGUUCAAUUAUCUGACAUUGGUUUGCUUGUGAAAACUAUUUAAAACAUAUUGUAUCAUUUAAUAUACAGCAAUCCUCUAGAUCUACGCCUGCGCAACCAUGUAACAGACCAUUGAACACAAUAUUGAGUUAUGGCCAUUCAUUCAUUCAUUCUACAAGAAAACGUAGGGCCGCGAGAAUCAUAUACCCGCCUUGGCCCUCCUCUCGACUACCAGAUUAGCAUUAAAAAAUUGGGCUGUUAGUUUCUGAGAAUAACACGAGCCGAUUAUCUUUAUGAAUGUAACUGCCGGUUGACUCACGCUGUUUCUUUGAAAUAUGAUUGCUUUCGAACCAAACCUCAGCGUGCAUGGACUGGGCAUACCUCGUAUAACCAUACAGGUAUGAGAAACUGGAUAAAUGACAAGGAAGAUGGGGAGACAACUCCGUUUCAUCGGCUGUCCUACCUUGUAACUUUCUUUGGAUGCAACUUAUGACCAGAGAUAUCUGUUUUGACGAAAUAGCAAGAUAGAAGAAUUACACAAUUCCAGAGCUCCAGACAAGCUGCGCAUAUCCAUAGGUUAAUGCUUCUUGAGGAAAAAUGAGCCAGGAAAUAGAACCGCUGAAGUCUUUAGAAGCUGUGUUGUCAUGGCAGCCAUCAUCAACAACUGAGCUGGCCAGGAGCAGCAUUGAGCUUUCCCGCUCCUUCAGUAGACGUGGGGAUGCCCCCAAGACACUGGUGUGCCAUGACAUGAAAGGGGGGUACCGCAAUGACAGGUUUGUUGCAGGCUGUGAUGAGGAUGGAUACCGGUUCUACCACUGGCAGUAUUUGGACAUGUUUGUAUACUUCAGCCAUAACCUGGUGACCAUCCCGCCUCCAUGCUGGACUAACGCAGCUCACACACAUGGAGUCCAAGUACUGGGGACAUUUAUCACUGAAUGGAAUGAUGGGAAGAAGAUAUGUUCGGAAUUCCUUCAAUCGUCACGUGACUACCGCGGCUUGGCCAACAAGAUGGUGGAGAUAAUGAAGUACUAUGGCUUCGAUGGAUGGCUGAUCAACAUAGAGAAUGUCAUUGAGGAGGAUAAAGUGAGCCAUCUCAGGGAGUUUGUCGCCUAUUUGACACAGAGAUGUCACUCGGAGGUCAUGGGGUCAAAGGUCAUCUGGUAUGACAGUGUCACAAGGUCAGGUGAACUGAAAUGGCAGGAUCAGCUGAAUGAGGAAAACAAGAUGUUCUUCGAUGCAUGUGAUGGUAUUUUUCUCAACUACAACUGGGAUGAGUCAAAGCUACAGAACAGCUACAACAUGGCUGACAGCAAGCGUGUCCAUGAUGUGUUUGUGGGUGUGGACGUGUUUGGGCGUGGCUGCCCUGGGGGUGGAGGAUACAACUCCUGCGAGGCAAUGAUGAAGAUUCGUCAAGCCAACUUAUCUGCAGCAAUCUUUGCUCAAGGGUGGGUGUACGAGACACAGGGUGUGGAAAACUUUACAAGGAACGAAGACAGGUUCUGGCAGCUGUUGCAUGACUACUGUUCCACCCCGACCUUCACCAGUCCCCUUCUGUGUACAUCCUUCUGCCAAGGUGAAGGACAAAAAUACUUCUGUAAAGGGAAGGUUGUGAAAGACCAUCCAUGGUACAACUUGAGUCUGCAGCAGCUGCAGCCAACCUUCAACUUGCAAGGUCAGAGGUCAGAUGUCAAGAGCUUAGAGUUUACAGCGAGUGAUGGGUACUUGGGGGGCGGCUGUCUGCUCCUGCGGGGCAAGGUGGAGAAGGAAGCGCUGUGGUUCAAUUUGUUCCAGCUUGAUGCCCCAGUCUCUACAGCGCUGUAUGUCUCCAUCACCAGCAAGUGGGAACCGGACAACAUCCAGCCUAUUCUCAAGUUGACUCUGUCCAAGGGAGACAACUCUCGUGUCCUGUAUCUGGAGGAGGAAGAGGGUGGGGAAGCAGGGAGGAAGCAACUGAAGACCAAAGACGUAUACGUCCGUGUGAAGACCAAUAUCGAGAAAGUGUCAAUAAGACCCCAUGAAGAAGACACUAGAGUUUACAACUCGCAGAACAUGAAUAAAUGGAAGACAAGGUGUUUCAGGGUGGAGGAGACUCAGGUGUGUGGAUGGACGCUACAGGCGGUCAGUGUGGGGAUAUCAGCCCGGGACAAGGAGCUGAACUCUGUCUGUCUUUAUUUAGGACAGAUCCAGAUUCUCACUAAGCCUCCAUCAAAUCCUUCAUCGGGUGUACAAAAACUUACAUGCUCACAUCUCAACCAAGAGGAAGAUGAUUCAGGGGGAGAUCACUCCUACAGCUUACAGUGGCAGGAUGCUGGGUGCAGCUACCAUGUGCAGUAUUACAAUGUGUACCAGAUGGCAGCGGACACUGUACUGGUGGGGCAGAGUCUCCCCCCCAGUUGUGUCCUCUCCCUCAGCCGCAGCCAUGAUAGUGAGCUGUGUGUGCAGACUGUCAUGACAGAUGGCUCCGUUGUACCCCUGACAGACUGCCCUUCCUGCAGCCUUCCAUGCUGAAUGUGUGUGUUGUGUUUUGAAGAAGUAUGUUGAGAAGAAAAGGCUGAUCAUGUCGGAUUUGGAGUAAAAUGUCAUUAGGACAUUUCCAUUUUUUUAAUUCCUGAUAGAACAUUCUUCCUUAUCAUCACUACUUUAGCUCACAGCAAACAAGACUGGUCAAAGGUUAAACCAUCCAUUAGAUUGAUUUGUUGGAAUAUUAUGUAUGGACAAAGCUGAAACUUUAGGACGUCUAGCACCAUACUAGCACUCAGUAGCAUUGAAGUAAAAAAACAACUUUUUUUAAAGACUAACCAUGUGAUUCACAUGAAUUAAUAGCAGUUAAUGAAAAGUGAACAUUAUUUUUAUCAUUGAUGGGACCUUUUGACAUGUAAACCCAGCAUCAGAAACCCUGCAUUAUACAAAAAAGAAUUCUUCUAUUUAGGGUUUGUACUUUCUCAAAGAACUGAAUUAUGACUUCCACCACCAAGUGCCUUAAUCACUCUUGGGCAAAUGGCAUGACUACUAGUCAACAGUAUAGACAGGUCCAGUAGGUUUGGACAGACCAAGUUACCGUCAACUUUACUGUGCACAGUUGCUUCCCUUAGGAUGAGCUGGGUCUUGGUGUGGAGGGAUUUACCCUGGUCUAUAUAUGUGGGAGUCCUGGGGACUCGCGGGAACUUGUGGGGACCCAGGUAUCCCUGCUGUGUGACCACUGUACAUAAAACACAAACUCUGUGUGAUGCCUUACACUUCUUUCAGAAAUGGAUUUCCUUGUUUGAUAUUAAACUAAAAGCCCCAGAAAAGAAAAUCUGACUUUGACUGUCCGUGUUAUUGUUUUAUCAUUCCAACGUCCAUAAUGUUUUGCGUCCAAUGGGACUCGCAGUGGAUGUUAUUUCAAUCCAUCCAUAAUUACUCUGCAUAUAGGAUGCGUCCGGUAAAACUUGGGGUUUUAAGUUCCAGAACCUUGGUCUGUCAGCUGCAGCCCAUCCUGGUGGGUUGCACCAAUGUGGAGUACGCAAUGACCUGUCACCGUGGGCUUUCGUCCUACAUUUAGGUGACACACUGUUGAAGCAGCAUUGAAGCCAACCUCAGAUUGUUUCCUCCUGCAGAGUUCAUCUCUGCAUGAAGACCCUCCGAUCAGCAUCAAGCUUCCAAAUUCUCAGUACGUGCGAGCAACGCAUUCAGACCAGCAUAUCUGAUUCUGUGUCUCGAAAACGAACUUAAUCACCCUGUUCCAAAUGAAAAUGAUAUUUAAUUCACCCUGUCAUUUCUUAACACCAUGGCAGCCAAAAUAUUUCUGUAUGGGUUCUGAAUUUCUGAAUCGAGGUAAAAAAAUAUAUUAAGCCAAAUUGUUUCGGUACAUUACAUAUGAUUGUAUUUACAAAGAUCUUAUUUUAGAUAGGUUUUUGUUAAACAAAACUCACUUGCUAUCUCAUAUCAGCUUCAUUUAUUUUCCACAAACGUAGGAAAAAAAUCAUCAAUACACAAACAGUUGUUGUAUGAUUUAUUUACAAAAAGAUAUUAUACAAGGUUUGUAAAGAUCAGAAAUGUACAACCUGUAUAUUGAAAAUGUAUUUCUCACAAAGUCAAGCAUGUGUUCAUAAAGCCUUACAUACAAAGUCAAUAAAACCAAGGUAUUUCAAAUAACAAUACCCCAUUAUCUGUCAUGACAGUGUUAUAUUCAAGUAGAAUACCCACAACUCACAAGAAGGGGGUGUAUGUGAAGUAUAAAUGGUCCACAUAAAAAUUGUGUUUCUUAUUAGCAGGAAUUGAUUACAAAGCAUUACAAACUUUAAAUAAUCUGAAACAAAAGGCAAAGCUAUUGAUAUUGUUCAGGGGAUCUUCACAUAAUAUUCAAUAAAAAAAAGCACCUGUUGAAUCAACACAUUUAAUCCAGUCUCACCCAACUCAUCCUUACCUUAUCUUGUUCUCCUUUUCCAAGUGGCGAUACUAGGUCCCCAGAGGCUGCAUAUUGGAAAAGCAACUAGGGUCGGCGGUUACAAUGGAAGGCAGUUCUAUAUAUAUAUACUGCUUGGAUGGGGGUCCCUGGCAAGACUAUGUCUUAACUAUCCCUUGUUAGGGCAUUGAACUUAAUACAUACUGUAGUGUUGCAGGCACAGGCUCAUCCUCAAACACUCGCUCUGGCCGGGGAAUGCAUCUUGUCUUGUCUUGUGGUUUAUACCCCACGCUCUAAUA